UCAACAACGACCUGGUCUAGAGCCCGUUUAUCUCAUUUAUGGCCCCGCGGAAGCCUCGCUGGGACUGGAAGGCGAAGGGAGCCGCCGAGCUCGAUCUCUUCGACAUACCUUUCGCCGCGAAGGAGUAUCUGCAGAACCAAGUCGGCCAGUUGCUGAAGGAGCGCAAUAUAUACGCCUGGAAUGACUGGACCCACAAUGAUCUCCGCGAGUCGACGCAGAAGGAACGGGAGGCUUGCAAAAAACAGUUAAUCCAAGAGUAUCCUGGUUUGCUCACUGGUCCGCAUGGCGCGUCUCUACGCAAGUCGACGUGGCAGCCCAUCUACGUGCUCUCCGCCACGGUGGAGAGAAACCAGCUCGUCCGGACACACUACUCGGACGCGCUCAGGAUCUGCACUGUCGUCUGGAAUGGGAAGAGUAACAAGGACGACGAGACAGUCCUCAUGGGCCUGUCAUUCUACAACAAUCAUCUCGACCGCAGCGCACACUUCGGCACUUUCGUCACGGACGGUGCUUCUACCAGUCGCAGGACAAUCGCUGUAGGAGAGAAGGGAAAAGGCUUCAUUCUCGCGACCCAGUACUUGCACGAGGAGAUUGAGCGCCACUGCAAGGACCUCGACCCGAAGUUGAAGACCGGCGUCUCCUUUCGUGUAGGCAGUCAAGUCGGGGAGCUUACGUGGAAGAAGGAACGCACGAUCUACUACGACGAGCGCGGUCGUCCCGAACCGCCGCUGCUACAGGUCGUGAAGGAUGACCUGCAGCCGUGGGAUGUCCAUUCACUGGCGAAUCACUGGGCUCAGAUGGUUCACGACGCUAAGAAAGCCGCCGCGAACUCAGAUGAGUCGGAUUACUACUCAGAGGGCCAUCAUGAGGGGUUAGCGAACUGGAUCAUUUCCCCCUCGCAGAGGAGCGCCGCCGAGAAGGCGGUCAAAGCGAUCUAUAAGCGGCGUUUCACCCAGAAUCUGUCUACGAAAAAGCCAGGUCUUGACGGCGAUGCAGCGGGGCCCCAUCAUGAGAUUCCAAACGUUCGCCCAGACGAGGUGUGCAUCACCGUCCUGGGUCUUCCUUCACGACCUCCCGAGGAUGUUUUCUCCGCCAUUUACGGUGUCGUUCCCCCUUCCAACGAGUGGAAGGCAUCCAACGAGGUCACUUUCUUCAAGGCCCCUGGCGCCAAGUCAUUGUUCUACCAUCGCGACCAGCUCGUUCCCCACCCUCCUUCUCUCAACAAGCUGUCCAUCAACUACCACGGUUCACUCUGCAUUACCGCCGAUCGAGCAGCUAUCAUUCAAGACGCCACCUAUUUCGAGAGAUACCGCCAGAGAGUAGCGGACGCUGCCAACGCUGCCUUUGGCGCGGACCCCGAGCUGGCGAAGGAAAUCAUGCUCGACAUCCUGCAGGAUGAGAAGCCGGAUAGCGGCGCGACGGUCGGGCGCGUUCUGUCAUCCGCUUUGGAGAGGGGCAAAUGCGCGAAGACGAAUGGGGACGCCGUCCGUGAUGCGUUCAAUGCGGCUUCACGCGAGCGGCACCCUGAAAUUCCGGAGGACGUCGACCUUUACCCGCACUGUAAGAACCGCAGGGACGAGCGUGCGUUGAUCACGGAACUCGGGCUGCACCCCGUCGUCGUCAGCGCGCUCACGGACGGCAUUUUGAAGAACUCGGGCGCUUACGCGCCUGUGCAUGCCCAUGCGAGGCGCUUGCUGCUCGCAGCUGAUACGCUGCAGCAUCAUGUUCCCGGUUUCAACCAUUUGCGGCGCGCUAUGAAGCACGUCUUCAGCGAUCUCGACGACGCGCAACUCACCAUCCGCGAUUACCCAUACUCCACACCUCGUGCAGUGUGGGACGGGGACAACAGUCUGUUUGCGUUUGCUCGGCCUCCACCCUGUCCGACGCACCAGAACAGCAAGUGCGUGUGCUUUGUGGGGCCGUACCUGAGCGUGGCGACGUCCAGUCGCCGCUCGCACGAAAAGAGGAUAGCGCGGAAGGACAAGGAGAGUGACAGCGAUGACGAGUCGGACGAGGAAGACGACGACGACGAGACCGCUGGGGUUUUCCAAGCCUUCAUGCAUGCCUUCAACGUGCCGAGUACAAAUGUCGAUCACCCGGAGCCGGACCCUACGCUCGCUGCACUCGAUGCCUUGGUAGAUGCGCCACAGGCUGAAGAACCAGAGACUCACCACACGAAGCCGACUACUCCAAACCGACCACGCCAGACCGCUCGGCGGGGCCGAUCUUCAUUCACGGGAUCUGGAGGGCGUAUGUGCAGGCGUCAAAGGAUAGAAUCCUCCCCAAGCGAUUCAGAAGAUACAUACCGGAGAGGAUCUCCCGCCCCUUCCUAUGGAGGCGGCUUUGGCCACGCCCGCGGCGAUGAUGAUGACAGCGACGAUGAUAUGUACGCCAAGACCCCUACACCCGAGCCUGAAGCGGGCCCUUCGAAUGCGGCAAGAGGACCGCCGACACAAACAGCGGCGUCUCCUUCUGGGCAGGACGUCGAAAUGGCCGACGCAACAGACUCUACAAGCUCAGCGGAUCCGGCGCCGCGCUCAGCUGCUGCGUCGUCAAAGGCCGUGACCCCGACUCCACCCGCUCAAUCCGCUCCUCUCGAGGCUCCUAGCCAGCCAGGUGCUCCCGAACCAUCCACAAGCAUACCUGGACCCAGCAACACCACAACGCUUACCAUCCGCAAAACACCUGACGCCGAAAUGACACUCGACGACUAUCUGGCUGGUAUCCACCGUAUUGUCAAUCAGCAGAAAGAUGCCAUAGCGACCGCGGUGCGGAAAGCCGAAGAACCCCUGCGCAAGGAAAUAGAGGCGAAAGCGGCGCGAGUGCGAGAAUUGGAGGCGCAGCUUGAGGUGUUGCAAGGGCAAGUGAAUUCAACGCGGGCAGAGGGCGAGGCGAAGGUGCAGUCACUGAAUGCUGUGGUCGAGGACCUACAGUCGCAGCUCCAGCUUAUACACGAUAUCAUACGCCCGAAGGAGACCGGGAGUAAGCGACCACGAGUAGAUUGAGUUCGCUCUUCGUCUCCUACCGUUCCCACUGAACGACAUUUAUUUGAGGGAAGUACUACUGAAGUACUGAGUCAUAACGACACCGCACUUUGAUUCCAUUCCCUCUUCGGACUAGUAAGAGCGCUGGGUUACGUAUACUACACUGGGUCGCGUAUUAAACAUAUCGGCGAGUGAGCCCGAAGAUUCGCUGGAGUGCUGUUUGACGGCUAUCCAGGACAUCGCCAUCCGGCAGAAGGAUGCCGUCGAAACGACGCGGCGGCAAGC